GAGAUAUUUCUGUCGGCCAUCUUAGAACGUGGCAACCACCUGGAUUUCCAGAUUUAAACAAGAUCCUUUUGGAUGGGCUGACAUGGCAGAAAGAAGACCAGCGAAGCUGCAAGUUCUUCUAAGUCCCAAUGACACCAGGAAGCUGGUUCUGCCUGAUGGAAUUCCAGAGACAAUGGUGCAGCUCUUGGAUGAAGUCAGGACAGUGUGUGGGUUAAAUGGGAAUUUCAGACUGCAGUACCAAGACAGAGAUUUUGGAGAUGCACUAGUAAACUUGACAUCUACAGCUGAACUCGAGGAUUUCGCAACUGUCAAGGUCAUCCCAAUAAUUGAUGAUGCCAGCCAAGAAAUUACUCUCACUUUCUGUGACGAUGUUGUGUCUACACAAACAGAUGACACAGAGCUCCUGUCCUCACCCUCCAGCUCUGGCUCUGCAAGAACUCAGAUGUGGCCAAGAGAGUUUCCCAUCCCAACAUUUGCCUAUGACACUGAAUUGCAGUUAGAAAAGGGAAAUACGGUGUACAGGUCAAACAUGACUAGGUUGACACUACGUCCAAAAGUGAUGUCAGAUAUUCUGGAAAAGGUAGCUGAAGAGAUCUACAAGUACAAAGGCUACCCAACAGAUGCUGACUUCAGUGAUGUUGCCGAAGCACUAAUCAGGAAGCAUCCAUGCCUCUCUGAACCUGGUUCAUACAAUGGUUGCUACGGGUGGAAGCAGCGACUGAAGACAAAAAUGGGCAACUACCGAACUCAGCUAAGGCUCAUCGGGUGUUCUGAACUACUUGCAAAUUCACUGAAGUCCAAAGCUCCAGGGGAUGCUUUGCCAGCAAAAAACAUUAAGCGACCUAGGAGGGGAGAGUGCGGAAGCGAAACAAUUAUGCAGUGA